AUGAGUGAAAUAUCGUUGAAACGAGCACACAGUGAGUCCUUUUUUGCUUUUUUCACAUAAUUUUAGAUGAAUCACAGGAGAAUCAAGCAGUGGAAACCAAAAAAAGACAAAGUAUGUUGUUUGUAUAAAGCUUUUCUUGCAUUUAUUAACCGUGGAAUGGGGAAGAUGAAAGCGAAUGUUAACGUUUAGAUGUUGCUGAGCGAAUAAUGGAGAACAUGGGACAUCGAGAAGGUCAGGGAUUGGGUCAGAACGAACAAGGUAUUACGGAACCGAUACAAAUUGGGGUGCAAAAUGGAAGACUUGGCCUAGGCCAUGAAUAUAAUCAGGUAAAGACAUAAAAUAAAAACAAACAAAUGAAAAAUGAUUAAAUACUGUUUUAAUAUAAAUUUAAUCAAAAAAUUUUGUACAUCAGAAUACUUUACAGAAAACAGCUGGCGAAUGGAACGAUCAAGAAGAAAACAAGAGUGUCGAAGAGGUGCCAGAAUUUCUUUCAGCUACACAAGAAGACAGAGAUUCUUUUUCCAAAUCUUUUGAUAUCAACUGGAUUCUGAAGGGAGAAGUAAGUGUGUUUACUUGAUUAUUAAGUUUUAGGCAUUAACAACCUUGCUGGAUGAAGAAGAAUUUUGCGACAAUCAACUGAUAUGUGAUCUGCUAAAAGCUAAAGGAAUAUUUGAUCACAUGAACAUACAAGACAUCCAAAACGCCAGACAAAGAGCAAAUCCUUAUGAAACUGUUAUGGGUGCCAUUUUUCAAAAUAGGUGAGUACUAAUACCAAACAAUUUUUAAUAUUUUUGGUGAUGUAGUUUUAAAUUUUACGGUCAUAACUUUUAGAGCAGCGAUGAAAAUGGCAAAUUUAGAUCGUAUAUUUGAAUGGAAAUUGAGCAGAGAGUUUGAUGACGAGCUUCGCCAAGCCCACAAUCCUUUAACUAUGGAAGAUUGUACUCACAAUUUCAAGAUGAACGAUGAAAUAUUUUACUUUGCUGACAUUUGUGCUGGUCCGGGAGGUUUUAGUGAGUACAUGAUGUGGAGGAAGGCGUUUUACAAUUCUAAAGGCAUUGGUUUUACCUUGCGAGGACGAGAUGACUUUAAAUUGUACAAUUUUAAAGCAUCUUCUCAAGCUUUCUUCGAGACUUACUACGGAUCAGUUGGUGAUGGAAACAUCUACAAUCCGGAAAACAUAAAGUAAAUCUGUGAUAAAAGUUGUUUUGUCUUUUUUGAUUAAUCAAAGGUCUCAUUGCCUUAGUUUGACUGUUUGUAUAAUUCUUUUUUUAACUUGUAUUGCUUGUAGGUCACUGGAAGAGUACGUGAGAAAGAGGACGGGUGGCAAAAUGUGUGAGACUGUAAUGUCUGAUGGUGGCUUUUCAGUAGAAGGCAAAGAAGAUAUCCAAGAAGUUUUGUCAAAACGGAUAUAUCUAUGUCAAUUUAUCGUCGGCCUCUCACUUUGUCGUGUAAAAUCGGAUACUCAAUCAGGUGGCAACUUCAUUUGCAAGAUGUUUGAUGUCUUUACUGCCUUCAGUGCAGGCUUGGUGUAUGUUAUGUACCUAGCAUUUGAGAAAAUAUCUAUUCAUAAGCCUAACACGAGUCGACCUGGUAACUCUGAAAGGUAAGUAUAGUGUGAAGACUACUUUUACAAUAUUUAUAAGAAUAACAAUUGAUGCUUAUAAAUAUUUAAAGUGUUGAUGAUGUUAAACGAUGAAUUUUUCUGUUCUAGGUACAUAUUUUGCGAAAAUUUGACUGAAUUUGGAGCUACAGUACUAAAGAACUACUUGAUCUACAUCAACGAUGAAAUGGAAAAGACUCCAGAAGACGCAGACGAAGAUAUUCUGGAGCUUAUUCCGUUGGAAACAAUGACUGGAGAUGAAAAGUUUAUAGAAUAUUUGAGGAAAAGUAACCACAAAUGGGCUACACGACAAAUACUGUACCUCCAGAAGUAUGAGACGUACACCUUGAACAAAGGAGCAUUCGAUGAAGAUCAGUCGGAGUUGAGGGAGAAAUGUUUGAAAUAUUGGGAAAUCCCAGACAAGCACCGACCCCUGGUCGACAAUCAGCCACCGGCUAUGGCUUUACGGGUAUUGGUGGGAGAUCAUAUGGUAAGCUUUGGACAUUUUUGUACACAAUAAUCUCACUGUUUAUCAUAGUACAAUAUAACGUUCUUUUAGGAUUACAACUUUUCAUCGGCACGUUCCCUCAAUAUCGAGACUUUAAACUCGUUCAAGGAUUAUUCAAAUUAUCAUCUCUCUUUUCUACCUGAAAAUACACCCCCUCUACUAUUGGUAACAAAUGGAAAGGUAAGCGGAAGCCUUAUGAUCAUACGGUAUAUGGCUGUACUAAAAUAAUAUUGUUACUAUCACUUGUAUGAAUUAUUUAAUUUUUAGGGUGAAACCUUUCUGAUUGACAGUGCGCAAUCGAACAUAAAGCAACAUGAUCUCUAUCUACCUCCAAAAACCUUACUGCUUGUACAAAAAACGUGUAUUUAUACAAAAGUAAGUCAUACUUGUUCUGUUUCAAGAUUUUAGGUAUGAAAAAAAAUUUUGACUUGUAAGGCGGAUGAUACAUAAUGUUGUGACAUUUUUGACUAUAUUCCAUUUAGAACCAAAAAGGAGCACUAUUAAACUGUGCCGAUUGGUCCAAUACGAUAGUUAUCAUAGACGCAGCCUGGAUAGCUGGAAAUGCCGUUUAUGAUCAGAGUUUGCCUGAACGAUCGGUGUCCAUCCAAAAGUUCUGUGAAACUGUCAACAAAACGACCGCGAAUUAUCAACAGAACUUUGAACAUCGGCUGGAAAAGGUAUGGAAUGUGAAGAAAAAGGGCAAGAACAGAAGUCACAUGAACAGUCAACUCAACUCAUACCUUCUCAUACCUUCCAAGACAUUGCCUCUAGUACCAUCUGUCGACAGCUUUUCGGAGCUAAAAGUAGCGUAUCUGGAAGCGAACAAUAGGUGUGAGACAAUGGCAGUCGAUAAGUAUGAGAUAUCAGCAAGGCUGGCGGAUGACAACAAGGAAAGAUAUGUCUCGGUAAAAACGAUCAGGAUAUACAAACGAAAAGGUAAUAUUUAUUUACAAACUGUACCUGUUCUUAACUUCAACGGUUGUUAUUUUGUAUGUUACUGUAACAAUACUUUCAGACGACAAAAACCAAGUCAUAGGAUUCUUUGACAGCUGGAAGAAUGACACCGUGUGGGACUGGGUAUGGAAGUCAGAUGCCAGAGGCAAAGUCGGUAUUUCAGAAAUACUGACAAAGACGAUUGACAAUUUUUUAACGGUUUCAACUUUAAAACAACUUCUCGUUGAAUAAAUAUUUAUUGAGUUUUGUUAUCAAAUAAAUAUUAUUAUAACUAUUGUAAAGUUACGGCUUUCGCUUAAAACAUUGGUUAACAAUAUAUCUUGUUGACUACAAUUUCUGUGACAAAUGUAAAAAUCCUGCGAAUUUGUUAGGAAAAUCUAAAAAAUAUUAUAUGAUUCAUCAAAACUCAUCAGAACUCCAUUUUUCCAAAAGACAAAUUUUAAAUUGGUUCUAUUUUCGAAAAUAGUUCAUUUUUAUUUUUGUUCUAUCCCGGAACGAAAAUGUUUUGUGGCGUUCUGUUUUGAUGAUAUAUUUUUUGUUAUUUUAAAAAUUUUUCUACUAAAAGUUUGAGAUGUAAGUAUUACAAUACCGCUUGUUGUAUUUAUAACAAGACAGUUUUACUUUAGAACUUUUUUAUUGUUUUACUUGUUUUAUAUAACGUUUUAGUUGAACGUUCUAACGUUUUAUGAGCGAUUACAAUGUAUUUUUUAGAAUGUCUCGUGGUAGCAGCGCUGGUUUUGAUCGUCAUAUUACUAUCUUCUCUCCAGAAGGUAGAGUAUACCAAGUGGAAUAUGCAUUCAAGGCCAUCAACUCUACCAAUUUAACUGCUGUUGGUGUAAAAGGAAAUGAAACUGCUGUUAUUGCUGUUCAGAAGAGAGUUCCUGUAAGUUUUCUCCUUGCUGCCGUAUUUUCUGAGUUUAGGAUAAGCUGAUCGUCUCUGAUUCUGUUACCAGCGUCUACAAACUUUCACCAAGCAUCGGAUGUUGUGCUAUUGGCAUGAUUCGUAAGUGUAUAUUGUUUUAGCUGUUAAUGUUUUAGUUCAGACACGGAUUGAAGUUAGUAUCGUGUUGAUUUAUGGUUUUUACUACUAGUCUUAUUUUGGUUUUAGGUUGUUUGAUAAAAAAGUUAUAUUACGGGUUUGUUUUUAGCUGAUUGCAAGUUCCAAGUGAAACGUGCUCAAAGUGAAGCUGCUGGAUGGAAGUACGAAAACGGUUACAACAUGUCAGUUGAACAGUUGGCUAGAAGAAUGGCAGAUUUGAACCAGUAUUAUACACAGAACGCUGAAAUGCGUUCACUGGGAUCCGGUAUGUGUUAUAUUUUAGGUUAAUUAUUUAUUAAGGUAAACGAAAGGAUAGUUAAAGUUUAAUGUUUAAAGUAAGCUAUCUAUGUUUGUUUUAGCUUUGCUAAUGAUUUCCUACGACGAUGAAGAUGGAGUUCAAGUUUACCGUGUGGACCCGGCUGGUUACUACCGUAGCAUGAAGGCUGUUUCUGUUGGCGUUAAGCAACAACCGGCUACCAGUUUUCUGGAGAAGAAGUUCAAGAAGCAAUCAGAAUUCGACGAAGACGAAACCAUUCAAACUGCUCUAGAAGCUCUUCAAACUGCUCUGGGGACUGAUCUGAAGGCUCAGGAAGUUGAAGUUGUUGUGGUGACCAAAAAAGACCCCAGCUUCCGGAAGCUAUCUAACGAUGACGUUGAUCACCACUUAAAUGCUAUUGCUGAACGAGACUAA